CUCUAACCUAAAAGCUGUGAUUCUUGAAAAAUAACGCAUAUUUCAAUGCCCCCCAUUGCUUACUUUGUUUUUUUCCUCCAUAAUUCCUUUUUGAUCGAAUGCCCAGGCAAAAUGUUGUUGAUAUCUCAGGGAAAGCUCCUCCCCUCUUCUCCUCAGUGUUCAGUAGGAUACCUCACCAAUUAAGCACAAUGUUUGUAAGGUGCAGAGUGUAUGAACCCAAACCCAUACUGUGUGGUCAAUUUCUCCCCAUACAAAUCAUUAAGCAAGAUGCUGACAGGUGCAAAUAGUUCCCAAAGCCCCAUGGGUCUGUCACAGCGGAUUCUUGCGCAACCUGAAAUGUUUUCGACAUCAAGCCAGCAUGGGACCUUGCGAAACUGCCAAACUUCAGCUCUUCCCCAGCGAUACACUCCGAAAUCUAAACAACCAUUUCUCUGGAAAUUUUUAUUUUACAACUUGCUUUCUCUUCUAUCUGUCUCUCCGGCAAUCCCACUUUGCAAAGUACCUGUUAAUAAGAUUAGCAAUUAAAAAGCUUGCAUAGCAAUUGCCAAGCGGUUUCCUUUCAGAAUUAAAUUGGCACUGGGACGGCAGCAGGGCUUGGAGAGCACCUGAAGGAAUCAAGGCAACAGCCCACAUUGUGGGGAACCGGUCCCUGAGGAUGGAAGCGGAGAAAUCUAGGCCACUCUGGGACAAUCCCUUCCAGUUUGUGCUUGCGUGCAUUUCUUAUGCAGUGGGACUGGGGAACGUAUGGCGGUUUCCUUAUUUAUGUCAGAUGCAUGGAGGAGGUGGAUUUCUAAUCCCCUAUCUGAUCAUGCUAAUAUUGGAAGGAAUGCCACUGUUAUACUUGGAGCUUGCAGUAGGACAGCACAUGCGGCAGGGGAGCAUUGGAGCAUGGAAAGCAAUAAGUCCUUAUCUCUGUGGGGUUGGUGUUGCCAGUGUUAUUGUUUCCUUCUUCCUCUCUAUGUACUACAAUGUUAUCAAUGCCUGGGCAUUCUGGUAUCUUUUCCAUUCAUUCCAGGAUCCUUUGCCAUGGGCAAAUUGUCCAUUGAACAGCAAUCAUACAGACUAUGUAGAAGAGUGUGAGAAAGCUACACCAACUCAGUACUUCUGGUACAGGAAAACACUCAAUAUUUCUCCAUCCAUCGAAGAGAAUGGAGGCUUACAAUGGGAACAAGCAGCCUGCCUCAUCCUGGCUUGGCUGGUGGUCUAUCUCUGUAUUCUAAGAGGAACAGAACAUACGGGGAAGGUUGUUUAUGUAACAGCUACAAUGCCAUAUGUGGUCCUCACAAUAUAUUUAAUCAGAGGCCUAACACUCCAUGGGGCUGCAAAUGGUCUGACGUACAUGUUUACACCAAAGCUAGAAGAAUUAGCAAAUCCCAAGACUUGGAUUAAUGCAGCCACUCAGAUCUUCUUCUCUCUUGGGCUUGGUUUUGGCAGCUUGAUAGCUUUUGCCAGCUACAAUGAACCAAGCAACAACUGCGAACGACAUGCCAUCAUUGUUUCGUUAAUAAACAGCUCUACUUCAGUAUUUGCCAGCAUUGUCACUUUCUCCAUUUAUGGCUUUAAAGCAACAUUCAACUAUGAAAAUUGCAUAAAGAAGGUGAUCUUGCUAAUGACCAAUUUCUUUGACUUGGAAGAAGGAUUGAUAACAAUGGAAAACCUGGACGAUAUGAAACAUUUCUUAGCAUCUGCUCAUCCCCGUGAAUAUGCAGAUUUAUUGCCACAGAUUAAGAACUGCAGCCUGGAAGCUGAACUAGACACGGCUGUCCAAGGGACUGGAUUGGCCUUCAUAGUGUAUUCGGAAGCCAUCAAGAACAUGGAGGUGUCGCAACUGUAUUCAGUGUUGUAUUUCAUUAUGCUGCUGAUGUUGGGAAUAGGCAGCAUGCUGGGAAAUACUGCAGCCAUCCUCACUCCUUUGACUGACAGCAAGUUCAUUUCCUCCCAUGUGCCCAGAGAGAUGAUUUCAGGUGGAAUUUGUAUUAUCAACUGUUUCGUUGGCCUAUUAUUUACCAUGCAAGCUGGCAACUACUGGUUUGAUAUCUUCAAUGACUAUGCAGCUACCUUAUCCCUACUGCUUAUUGUAUUGGUGGAAACUAUUGCUGUCUGUUACGUAUAUGGGCUAAGGAGAUUUCAGAAAGCUCUUGGUGCGAUGAUUGGGCAUGAACCAAGCUGGUACUGGAAAAUUAUGUGGGCUUUUGUCAGUCCUGUGCUAAUUGUAAGCCUAUUUAUAUUUUACCUCACUGACUACAUCAGGACAGGGACGCUGCGAUACCAAGCCUGGGAUGCAACUGAGGGGCAACUGGUUACAAAAGACUACCCAAGUGGUGCUCUGGCAGUUAUCGGACUGCUUGUGGCAGCUUCUACUCUGUGUAUACCACUUGGUGCAAUAGUAAUUUUUAUUAAAAAGCGAGUGAGUAGUUAGUACUGGACUCUGAACUGCAACAGCUGCAACUUCACUGUGACACCUUGAAGACCAUAGAAGCUAUAAUUUCCAACAAUAAGCAAGACACACAGAACUUGGCUAUCCUCAUCCUAAUAUUCUCUUGGACAUUCCUGUAGUCGAAGAAGCUGUUCUGUAGUAACUGAAGGUUUACAAUUGCGUUUAAGAGACAUAAAACAUGGCAAUUGAGGGGCUAGCAAAACCCUACCAAAGCUUUAACAAUUAAGUAUAUUUUAGCCCUGUCCAUCUGCUUCCUUAAAAGUCUUUUGAGUGGAAGAACGUUCUUUUAGUGUCUGAAGUGCAACACAGCAGUUUUGCAUUGCUGGAAAGCUGCAGCAUUGCAGAUUUUUCCAUGUAUAAUGCAUAGAUCUGACUAUGCAAGUUAUUUGCAUGCUUCAUGGAAUGCAUUUCUCAGUAGAUACUAGCAUUUCCUUUAGGAGCUAUAUUAGCUCAUUUACCUGAGUUACCAUGCAAAGCAUUAUCUAUCAUUGAGUUACUAAUACUGGGAAACAGCAAGCUCAAACAACUAACAAUCUACUAUUUUUUUUUCUUUAGGUGUUUCACAUACAUUUAAAUGGUUAUAGGGCUGGGGAAAUGUUAAGCACCAAGGGAAGAGUAACCCAGAUGUUUUGAGUUAAAAUUCCCAGCAACUCUGGCAAACACAGUCAAUGGCCAGGAAUGCUGGGAGUUGCAGUCCAAGAACAUCCCGAAGGACACAUUUCACAUUCCUGUAGGAAUUGUUGAGCUAAAAAAAAACUAAAGCAGGCAGAUGGUUAGCUGUAUUAAGAUAAUGUGCCUCAAAAGACACUGCACUUAUUCAAUGCUCUUAAUAUUUAUUAAAGCAAAAUCAUUAAUCAGAAAAUAUAAUCUGUGAUUAAUGUGAUGUAUAAAGACUUAUUCUUACUUGCCUUCCUUCUCUGGAGCUUAAUAACCUGGUCCCAAACUUCCUGAAAUAAAAAGCUAUACAAAUUUAAGAGAAGCAGACACUUACGUUCCCAAUUAUAGACUUCCCUAAAGAUAAAGAGUGAUACAAUAUUUAUCCAUACCCUAUCUGCAAUGCUGGAAAAAUGUUGCAAAUUCAAACAUGUAUUUGGACCAGGUUUUUAGCACUAUAAGCAUUUUUUCUGAGUCUGCCAUACAUUCCCUACCAAAAUCUUUUCAACAGGAAUUUAUACUAAAGUGAAUGCUAGCUUUAAUUUUGGAAUUCUUCCAGACAAAUGCAUCAUCUGCAUUCAUUUUUCCCAAGUAAAACUUCUUAGGCAGUCAAAACACUAUUGUAAAAUACUCACAAGGCCUUCUAUAGAAAGUCAAGAUAUUGGCUCAAACUUAAUAUGUAUAAUAAUGUCAAGCAAUACUGAACACAAAACAACCAACGCAAGGUGCUUUAAGUUACAGUAGAGUAUGUGAAAAGAAGACAGAUUAUGCUAGAAGAAGCAUGUUCCACACCUCUGGGAAAUUUUGAAGAAAUUUUGCUGUAUUUCCAUGUUUGGGCUGGACAGUACUAAAGGCAACAAAGACAGGCUUAAUUAGAGUGUUUCCAUGGGAGGCAUAUGCAACUGACAAGACAUUUUCACACUGGUUUAUUAAAAAUUGACAUUAAACAAAACCUGUACAAAAAAUA